CUCGUCUUCCCAUAAUGCCCGUUUAGGUUGUUCUGCUGUGGCUGCCUCGGCUUCAAGAUGGCGCAGGCGAUAUUCGAGGCGCUGGAAGGAAUGGAUAAUCAGACAGUGCUAGCUGUUCAGUCCUUGUUAGAUGGCCAAGGAGGUGUUACAGAUCCAUCAUCACAGACAGUCAACACAUCUUCCUCCAUCCAGUCCAUGGAUGAUGAAGAUGUAUUUCUCUGUGGGAAAUGUAAGAAGCAAUUCAACUCAUUGCCAGCAUUCAUGACUCAUAAGCGGGAACAGUGUCAAGGCAAUGCCCCCUCACUGGCUACAGUCUCCCUAGCUACUAACAGUGUGUAUACCCCGUCCAUUACCUCAGUGCAGCAGGCUCAGACAACCAAUCGUCAGAUCUCUACAUAUAUUACUGUUCCACCCUCUCCUUUGAUCCAAACACUGGUCCAAGGGAACAUCUUAGUGAGUGAUGAGGUUUUGAUGUCAGCCAUGUCUGCUUUCACAACCCUGGACCAGCCAAUGUCCACAGUGCAACCCACUGUGCAGAGCAGCUUGAAUAUGCAUCCUGGAGCAGGAUACCUCUCUCAGCCUCCCCCACCUCCUCCACCCCCCCAGCCACCCCCUCCACCUCCUCGAGCCCUUGGAGUGCCAGGCCCGGCCAAUCCAGGUAGCAGGGGAGUGGCAGAAGUCUACAGCACAUCUACCUCCAUGCCUGGGAAUGGAACGGUAGAAAUACAGAAUCUGGGAAUGCAGCCGUAUCCACCUUUGGAGGUACCAAGCCAAUGUGUGGAAAACCCAGUGUAUCCUUCCCCUCCAGUAUAUAGUCCAAGCAAACAAAGCUUUAAGUCUAAAAAUGCUAAUGCUGCUGCUUCCUUGAAUAAUACAUGUGGAGGAAAUCUGACCAAUUUUGAUUCUGCUUCCAAGAACCGUCGUUCCAAACCAGACAAUAACUUGCUUGAAGGAAAAUCCAAGUCACCAAAACUGAAAUGUACAUACUGUGACAAAGCCUUCACCAAGAAUUUUGAUCUGCAGCAACAUAUCAGGAGUCAUACCGGAGAGAAGCCAUUCCAGUGCAUUGUGUGUGGUCGAGCUUUUGCGCAAAAAUCCAAUGUGAAGAAGCACAUGCAGACGCAUAAGGUGUGGCCACCAGGAAUUGGGUGUACCAUCUCUCGGAGCUCUGUCACUGUGCAAGUCAUGCAACUCAACCCCAACCAGCAGGAGGAUGAGGAAAAUGCAGGCUUAAGCCAUGCUCCAAGAAGCAGCCCUCCACAGCCCCAAGCCCUGCCUCCUGGGGAAGAACAUGACACGGCAAAGUUGGAAGCCAAGCAAGUGGUCUUGAUAGACAGUUCUUAUCAGUGCCAGUUCUGUCCCAAGAAAUUCAAUACGUAUUUCCAGCUGAAAUCACACAUGACUCAGCAUAAACAUGAACAGGUGUACAAAUGCGUUGUGAAAAGUUGUGCCCAGACAUUUCAAAAGCUGGACUCUUUUUUAGAGCAUAUCAAGAACCACCAGGAAGAGCUGAGCUAUCGCUGCCACCUCUGCAGCAAGGACUAUCCUUCUCUGUAUGAAUUGGGUGUCCAUCAAUAUUCCCACAACUUGCUCCCUCAACACAGCCCCAAGAAGGACAUGGCAGUUUACAAGUGUGCCAAAUGUGUAAAUAAAUAUUCCACACCAGAAGCCCUGGAGCAUCACUUACAGACAGCAACACACAACUUCCCCUGUCCUCAUUGUCAGAAGGUGUUUCCCUGUGAGAGGUACCUGCGAAGGCAUCUCCCUACACAUGGAGGAGGAGGCAAAUUUAAGUGCCAGAUCUGCAAAAAGUUCUUCCGCCGAGAACACUACCUCAAAUUACACGCACACAUUCAUUCGGGUGAAAAACCUUUUAAGUGUUCAGUCUGUGACUCAGCUUUCAACAGGAAGGAUAAACUCAAACGGCAUAUGCUGAUCCAUGAGCCUUUCAAGAAAUACAAAUGCCCAUUCUCAAAUCACACAGGCUGUGGUAAAGAGUUCAAUAGACCGGACAAACUGAAAGCUCAUAUUUUAUCCCAUUCAGGUAUGAAGAUCCAUAAGUGCCAGUAUUGUAACAAAGCCUUCAGCCGGCGAGCUCAUAUGAUGGAACAUCAACGUUCUCACACUGGCAACUAUAAGUACCGUUGCCCUUCGUGUAGCAAAGGCUUUACUCGCCAGAAGUACAUGAAGGACCACAAAUGUAGGCUGAACUCAUCAAAGGAUAAAGAAUUACCAGUCAGAAAAUCCCAGAAGAAGUGGGGGGCACGUGGGCGGAAAGUGGGACUUCCUCUUUCAGCCCAGUUGGCUUUCACGGAACUCAAAGACACUACAGGUGGAGAAAGCCUUCAAAAAAGUGGUCCCAAUAAAGAACAAUUUUCUGAACCUGACACUGUUCUCUCCAUUGUGGUUGGCAGAUCAGCAGCAAAUUCAGACACUGGCAACUCUGGCCAGCAUUCUGGCAUCUCCCCCAACCUUGCUCUGACAGAAUUGCAACCUGGCUCUGAGAGUCCAUGUGCCAUGCUGGCAGUCCCUGUUUACAUCCACACUACUGACUAAUUGAUGAAUGCUAUGCCGCGUCCAUUUAGUAGGAAGGAGAAUCCCUGUGUUUACUGAUACAAAAGAACUGCAGAGAGUGAGAAAUGAAUGGUGAUGUAUGUGUAUAAAUGUUUAGCUUCACCCAUGCAGAGAACUGCAUUCUUUCAAACAAACGUGUUACAAAGUGAAGUCAUUCCUCUCCUUAUCUGGAUGAAUUCAUUUGAAGAAGCUGUUAAAAGCAGAUGGGGAUAGUUUAUAUUCUUCUUAUUUAAAGAUAUCCGGUGUUUUAAUAUUCUUUCAAGUUCUUGAACUCCGAAUCUAGAUCACCGCAACAUUUUUUUCCACAUUUCUUGAUUUAAUUUUAUUGUUUCAUUAUGGAGCACUUACAGCAAACGGUAAUGACCCCAAAAUGACAAAACGUGCAAGAAAAUGUUGUUGUGCAAAUAUUACGUACUUGCACCAAGUUUGCAGGUUGUGAAAUUUCUGUGAUGAUGCCGUCACUCAUAUGGUACUUGCUCCCCUGUGCACUCCAAGGAUCACAUUUAUGGUUCUGUCCUAAACUAUACGUUGCACUUUCAAGAUGAAGGUUUUUUCAUAACAGGAUCCUUUGAAAACUUCAGAGACUUAUUCAU